AUGAGUGAUAGUCUUCUGACAACAAGUUCUGUUAAUUUUGGGCAUACUGUUAAUGGUCACUCAAAGGAUUUUAACAACACUGGAAUGUCUAAUGCAUCUGACAGUGAUUUAUUGGAUCAACUGAAUGACGAAAUAAAAAGGGCUGUCACACCUGUGUCAGUUUUUGUUGGAAUUGAAGCAUUUCUGGGGUUCUUUGGCAAUUUAUUUGUACUGUACGUGUUCAUAAAACGUUACCAUGAAUGUAACUUCCGCUACUUCGUACUGUGCUUGGCCUUUCUGGACUUACUCAGCACUCUGACUACGAUCCCUGGGGAGAUUAUCACGCAGCAGUACUGGUACAAGUACCCGUUUCCUGUUUUCUGCAAGUUCAAGUCCUUCUUCAACGUGUUUACGGUGUCAGGGGAGGCACUUUGUCUGUGUACCAUCGCCAUCGAUCGCUACCGGAAGGUGUGUACGCCAUUCGGAUGGCAGAUUAAGCCUCGCCAGGCGCUAUUCAUGUGCGGCGUCAUCUAUGGCGCGGCAUUCGCCAUUUCACUUCCGGUUUCAUUCCUUUGGGGAAUCCACCAGGACGUCAGGAUAUACAACGGAAGACACGUUAUCGUCACCAUCUGUGAAAAAGAUGCUCAUUUUCUACACAGUAAACGCCCGUUUGCAUACGCUACAUCAGUGGAGGUGAUAAUUGGCAUUUGCCUAGUAAUCAUGCUCGUUCUUUAUAUACUGGUGGCAAAAAAACUCAUUUUAGGUCGCCCUUUGACUCAAAUACGCCAACACUCGGGUGCGCCUAUGGUCAGCACAUCGCCAGGGUCAAUAACUAAAUCAAAACAAAAUCCCGAUGUGAGCAGUGGGGGUGGCGUUUCUAAUUCUGAUGUACCAACCAGAAGCGGAAUAGCAACAAUUGAGUUAUGUUCAACGGACAUGAAGUCCCUGGAUGAUGAAAGUGAGCCGGUUGACGUAGAUGAUGUUCGUGUGACUGAUGCCGAUACUACAUACGCUGGUGGGACGUCAGAAAAACGUCACAAAGAACAGGUACGGCGUCGACGUCGAGAAAUAGCGAGCCGCGUUCGCCGGAAAACGUACAUCAUGUUCGUUCUGACAAUAAUAUUCAUUGUCACAACAAUUCUCUAUAUGACAUUAUUAGCAUUUAUAUCAGGAGGUAUCUUAAAAAGUUUAGAUGACUAUGAGAAGGCUGUGUAUUUCUUCUUCUUCAGACUUGUGUUCAUAAACCAUGUUAUCAACCCUUUCUUGUACGGCUGUCUUGACCCUCAGUUUAAACAAAUAAUAGGAGAAAUUAAGAAAUGCGUGUUUAAAACACUAAGGAGAGGAUAAUUAAACUGUAUACAUUAGUAUGUUCCCCGCCCCCUUUAAAACAGGAAAAUGUCAUCUAACAAUCAUAUGAGUCAUUUGGGUGCCUUCUUUCAAGAUUUUGGUUGGCUGUUUUAGUACAUUUCGGUGUACAUUACUCAUAAUUGGUGGGGGCGCAAUGAAACUUUUUAAGAAAAAGCUAA